UGUUCGGACUUCGGAGUAAUCGGAGUAAUUCGGACUGAUUCGGACUUAUACGAACUUAUAUCGUACUGAACCGAUAACAACAUCAUACUAUCGAUCUGAAAGGAUUACGCUCGUCCGGCUCGUCCUUCUUACAUCACUUACGUCGGCGUUCACGUUACGCUGCUCCAGAUUUUCAUGCAGAAUACAACGUACAGUACCUGUCAUUCCCAUUCGGUUUCUCAACACAGUGAUAUCUCACGGCGUGCAAAACGAGAACGUUUCAGGAAACGAACGGGCGAUAACGGGCGAUCCGAGAUGGCUUGCGAGGCCUGCAAUGCAAAGUUCAACCUGUUUAAGAGAAAAAAACAAUGCGUGGAUUGCCUAAGGUAUUUCUGUUCCGAAUGUGUAAUCAAACGGUACGACAAGGUAUUCACCUGCGAUAGCUGUGGUCUAUUGUCAAUGAGGCCACUCAUCAGAAAUCAGAUCAGACAGAUACGUUCUAGGGACUUGCGUCAGUAUCUUGUGGCAAAAAAAGUUUCUGUUAAGGGUUGUGUCGAGAAAGAAGACUUGGUGCAUUUACUAAUGCUUUUUGCUAACGGAACUGAUUCGAGCUUGACUUCUGACCACAGUACAAGCUUCAGGACGCAAAAUGUUGCUGAAGAACAACAUUCCAGAUUUGAUCCUCCUUUAAAUAGAAUGGAAAAUAUGCCAAAUGUUAGUACUGCAAAUAAUGAACCUGAUGCAAACGCGGCGGACGUGCAAGCAUCAGCGGAACCUGUAAGAAACGAGGACAUUGAAAUGGCAGAGGAAGCAAGUGAAAGUAGUCAUAGUAGUCCGGUUAUUAGUGUUCCACUUAGCAGUGAUAGCGAAUCACCCGAGGAGAGACCGAAAAAUACUGACCUCUUAAUAGAAGAAAUAUUUGGGAAUGACAGCAGUCCAACUGGACCCAGUACUGCAUCGCAGCCAGUAAUCAUCGAGCAGGAGGAAGUUCCUGAAACGUCGAAUGAAAAAAAAUCGGAUAUGGUCACAGAGAUUCCCACGUGGUCAGAUAAGGUGCAAUUAUCAGAUAUAAAAGAAGCAUCAGAAUUAGAGUAUCUAAGUAUUAAACAAUUAAAAAAUUUGUUGAGUACAAAUCGUGUAGAUUAUAAAGGCUGCAUAGAGAGACCGGAUUUACUGAACAAAGUGACCAGAUUAUGGCAGGAGUAUAAUCAGUCUAGAAAAGAUGUGGAACAACUCAGCCAGGAAGAAUUAUGUAAAAUCUGCUGGGAUGCACCGAUUGAGUGUGUUAUUUUAGAAUGCGGUCAUAUGGCUUGUUGCAUAAAUUGUGGCAAACAAAUGUCUGAAUGUCCGAUAUGCAAACAAUAUGUUGUCCGUGUUGUACGAUUUUUUAAAGCCUAAAAAAUGCAACGAUUGGAUAUAAUCGCGACUGAUAAUUUUGUGCACCUGCCAGUUUUCAUAGAUCGCGUAAUUAUACGACGUGUAUAUUAUAAAACAAAAUUUAUCUAUGAUAAAGAGUAAAAUUGUAAAACGCCAAAUUUUUGUGCUAUAAUUUGCAUUUCGAUAAACAAUAAGAACUAGUCCUGCACAAAAAGGCAAAUUUUAUGCUUUCUUGACUUUCAAGUCUAAGUUGACUGGUCUUGUGGCAUGUUUUGUCAUUUUAAUUACAGAACUCUUCCUAGACAGAGAAUAGUAUUUCAAAAAAGAAUAAAUAUCGUUAUAUAUCACAUGUAUUAGUUAUAUUAAUUAAAUUA